AGUUCUAAACUGAGCGAGAGAGACGAGGGAUUUUGGGAGUUGUGGGCAGCACGGGCAGUGCGAACGACCUGGUUAGCGGUGCGGUUGCAACUGUCCUACAUCCUGGGUCUGGGCCUUGAAAGCUGAGACUCACUCCUCUCAGAGCGGAGGGAGGAAGUGGCUACAGGACUCAAGCCUGACAGGGAAUGGUGUAGGGCCGUAGCCAGCCACAUGAGAUUUGGGUGGGUCUGUUAUGAGGAGUUUCUGUUAAUUAACGUGAGGUCGUUUCACACAGCACCUUGUGGUGAUUGUGGCAUUACAUUAAACUGGGUUUGAAAUCAAAAGACUAGUAAGGAACCACAGAGACCUUCUUUCAGUUGCCAGGUGGGUUUACCAGAUGUACAACUGUCUACACUGUGAAAGGACCUUCUAGUAUGGCGGCUUUUUAAGGAUACUUUGGUCUCUAGUGAAGAUGUAGGUGAAGGUUAAGUUUCCAUACCGGCAAAACUGGAGUUAUGGCAUUCACCAAUUACAGCAGCCUCAACCGGGCUCAACUAACCUUUGAAUAUCUACACACAAACUCAACUACCCAUGAAUUUUUGUUUGGUGCUCUUGCUGAACUGGUUGAUAACUCGAGAGAUGCUGAUGCCACCCGGAUAGAUAUUUAUGCUGAAAGGCGAGAGGACCUUCAAGGAGGGUUCAUGCUUUGUUUUCUGGAUAAUGGAGCAGGAAUGGAUCCAAAUGAUGCCAUCAGUGUAAUCCAAUUUGGGAAAUCAGCCAAACGAACACCAGAGUCCACACAGAUUGGGCGGUACGGGAAUGGGCUAAAAUCAGGCUCAAUGCGUAUUGGAAAGGAUUUUAUCCUCUUCACGAAGAAGGAAGACACCAUGAGCUGCCUCUUCCUGUCUCGGACCUUUCAUGAGGAAGAAGGCAUUGACGAAGUGAUAGUCCCUUUGCCUACUUGGAGUGCUCAUACACGAGAACCUGUCACAGACAAUGUGGAGAAGUUUGCCAUCGAGACAGAACUCAUCUACAAGUAUUCUCCUUUCCACACUGAGGAAGAAGUGAUGAACCAGUUCACCAAGAUUUCUGGGACCAGUGGAACCCUGGUGAUCAUUUUCAACCUCAAACUCAUGGACAAUGGGGAACCCGAACUAGACAUAACCUCAAAUCCAAAAGAUAUCCGGAUGGCAGAGAUCUCCCAGGAAGGCACGAAGCCAGAGCGGCACUCCUUCUGCGCCUACGCGGCUGUGCUUUACAUUGAUCCUCGGAUGAGGAUUUUUAUUCAAGGGCACAAGGUGCAGACCAAAAAGCUCUCCUGCUGCUUGUACAAGCCCAGGAAGUACACAUUCACAUCAAGCCGUUUUAAGACCAGGGCGGAACAAGAGGUGAAGAAAGCAGACCAGGUAGCACGGCUUGCCGAAGAGAAGGCCCGGGAAGCAGAGAGCAAAUCUCAUACUUUAGAAGUGCACAUAGGCGGAGACAUCACCCGGGACUCGAGGGCGAUGUUGCGCCAGGUCCAGAAUACAGCCAUCACCCUCCGAAGAGAAGCUGACGUCAAGAAAAGGAUCCGAGACGCCAAAGAGCGAGCACUCAAAGAGCCCAAGGAACUGAAUUUCGUUUUCGGGGUCAACAUUGAACGCCGUGACCACGACGGCAUGUUCAUCUACAACUGUAGCCGCCUGAUCAAGAUGUAUGAGAAAGUGGGCCCACAGCUGGAAAAGGGGAUGGCAUGCGGUGGGGUUGUUGGAGUCAUCGAUGUGCCCUACUUGGUCCUAGAACCUACGCACAGCAAGCAGGACUUUGCUGACGCCAAGGAGUACCGUCUGCUGCUGCGGGCAAUGGGCGAGCACCUGGCACAGUACUGGAAGGACAUCGCCAUUACCCAGUACGGAAUUAUUAAGUUCUGGGAUGAGUUUGGCUACCUUUCAGCUAACUGGAACAGACCUCCAUCUGAGGAGCUGCAUUUCAAACGCAAGAGAGCUAUGCAAGUCCCAACCACCAUACAGUGUGAUUUGUGUCUAAAGUGGAGAACCCUCCCCUUCCAGUUAAGUGCUGUAGAAGAAGGCUACCCAGACAACUGGGUUUGUUCCAUGAACCCUGAUCCUGAACAGGACCAGUGCGAGGCUUUUGAACAGACGCAGAAGAUUCCUCUGGGGACAUUAAAAAAGGUCCCAAAGACACAAGAAGAAAGGCAGAAGCAGCUGACAGAGAAAAUUCGCCAACAUCAGAGGAAGCUUAAGGCCCUUAAGAAAAUCAAGCCUAUCCAUUCCCAAAGUGACCUGAAAAAAUUACCCUGGGAAGUGACCACCAGACCUUCCUCCAAAUAUCCUGCUCAUAGAUUUCAGGGUCCUCAACCAUCUUCACGUGCUGUGAAAAAGAGUGCCCGAAGAAGACUCCAGUCCAGGCAUGCUCCUAGGCCAUUCAGACAGCUCCAAAGGUCUUCUAUCUUCUGCACCAACCCAAAAUCUCCUGUUCUGGCAGACCAAACAGAAGUCAUGCUGCUCCAGCCACCUGAGACACCCCAAAGCCCAGUGAGCCCAGUGGCCAAAACUCUACCCAAGCCCACCCCCCUGUUACAAUCCCUGUCCCCAUCUGUAGUCCCCAACUCCAACAACCUUUGGAAGGUUGGAACCCCCAAAGCCAUGAACGCUCCAGUGGCUGAGAUGCCGGAUCCACCUGUUAAUCCCUCACUGGUAAAGUGCGGUCGUAAGCGGAGUCUUGAGGUCUCUGAUAAGGACAGGAGGAAGAUGUGCAAACGGGGCAGGUUUGCCCAGAAAAAAGAAAAGAUUCAAGCGAAUGAGCUCUCAGACAGUGCCGAGGAGGAGAGUUCAGCUGACCUCAAGACGGCUCAGAAAGAUAAAGGGCUGUACGUGGAGGUACGUGUGAAAGGAGAGUGCUACAAGGGCCACGUCACAGCUGUGGAGGUGGGUGAUAAUGUGGUAUGGUGGAAGGUCAAGUUUGAGGAUGUGCCCAAGGAUAGCACACCAAGAGACUGCUGGGUGGAAAAAGGCAGUGAAAAUGUAUGGCUAAUGAAGCCAUCUCCAGAGUAUCAGAGUACUGACGAACAGCAAGAGGAUAUAAGUAGGGAAGAGAACACUGUGGUCCAGCAGGCUUUGGCACUGCAGAGGGCCUCCAUCUCUGAAUGCUUCUGCACAGAACCUGACACUACUGCCCCAACGGCCAACCACAAGACCAUUGACCUCCUGGUCCAAAUUCUCUGGAAUUGCUUGCGUUAUUUCAUGCCCCUGAGUUUCCCCAUAUCCAAGAAGGAGCUAGGUGCUAUGAAUUCAGAAGAAUUACUCUCUCUCCCUCUGAAAGAGUGCUUCAAGCAAUAUGAAGUCGGACUCCAGAACCUCUGCCACUCCUACGAAAGCUGUGCCGACUCACAAGCCAAGGCCUCUGAGGAAAGCCUGCGCAUCUCCCAGAAAAAACUCCAGGAAACAGAGGAGAAACUCCAGAAGCUGCGGACCAAUAUUCGGGCACUCUUGCAAAAGGCUCAGGAGGACAUAAACAUCAGCGCAGAUGACGAGCUGGAUGCCUACAUUGAGAAUCUGGUCAGCGGUGAUGACUGAGAGGCAGCAAGAGAGAUCCCCCCACCCCACCUCACCACAAUUCCGAGAGGCCUCUGGGGAGGGAGGCUCCAUUCCUGCCCUUCAUUCAUGUGUUUUGGGAGGGAAAGAGACUCUGAUUCUUUGAAUCUUCCUCCCUGAAUUUAUAAAUGUUUAAAAAGAU